AUGGCCAAUUCUGGCGAGUUUUUUCUGUUCACCUUCACCAUCGCCCUCGCGCUCGCGUUGAUUUCUUUAUCCAUUUGUAAAAUAAAAAAACCAAAUAAAAAACCGACCUCGGUUCUUCCCACCAACUGGCCGGUGGUCGGCAUGCUCCCCGCACUCAUCCGCAACAGCCACCGCAUCCACGCCUACGUCACCGACGUCCUCUCCGAAUCCGGCGGAACCUUCGAGAUCAAGUUCCCCCGCUACCUCUCCCCGGACAUGCUCGCCACCUGCGACCCCGCCAACAUCCACCACAUCUUCAGCCGCAACUUCUCCAACUACCCCAAAGGCCCCGAAUUCCGCAAGAUCUUCGAAAUCCUCGGCGACGGUAUCUUCAACGCCGAUUUCGAGCUCUGGGAGCUCCACCGCAGAACGACCCUAUCCUUCUUUACUCACCCCAAUUUCCACGGCCUCCUCGAAAAAUCCGUUUGGGAAAAUGUCGAAAACGCCCUUUUACCCGUCCUCGAUUCUUUCUCUGCUCGGGCCGCGAUUUUCGACCUGCAGGACGUUUUCCAGAGGCUCACCUUCGACGGCAUAUGCAAAAUCGUGCUCGACCACGACCCGCACAGCCUGUCCGUCGAGAUGCCUCGUGUCGACUGCGAGAAGGCCUUCAACGACGCUAUCGAGGCGCUGCUGUACCGGCACCUGCUCCCGGAGGGCAUCUGGAAGCUUCAGAAAUGGCUCCGCGUCGGGAAAGAAGGGAAACUCAUCCGCGCGUGGAAGGCUUUCGACGAUUUCAUAUACCCACUCGUCGAUAUUCCAAUCGAGAAGAAGAAUUACAAUAAUCACAACUUGCUUGCUGCUUUUAAGGAUGCUUACCUGGAGAAAAACGGCUCGUCGGAAGGUUUGAGGGAUUUUCUUCGAGACACGGCCUUGAGCCUGAUGUUCGCAGGCCGGGACACGACGAGCACGUGCCUCACGUGGCUCUUCUGGCUCAUAAGCCGAAACCCAUCUGUCGAGGCCAAGAUUUUGGAGGAAAUCGAGCAGGGAGGCUGCAGUUCGAGACGUUUCGGAGCAGAGGAGUCGAAGAAGAUGGUUUAUCUGCACGGAGCCUUAUGUGAGUCGCUGAGGUUGUUCCCUCCGGUUGCUCUGGAGCACAAGGCUCCGGCGGCGCCGGAUUUUCUCCCGAGCGGCCAUUAUGUGGAGACGAAUACGAAGGUGAUUAUUUCGUUUUACUCGACGGGGAGGAUGAAGGGCGUGUGGGGUGAGGAUUACAUGGAGUUUAAGCCUGAGAGGUGGGUUUCGGGGAAGGGAGGUGUGAAUCACGUGCCGUCGUAUAGGUUUCCGGCGUUUAAUGCGGGACCCAGGACGUGUUUGGGUAAGGAGAUGGCGUUUGUUCAGAUGAAGAUGGUGGCGGCCGCCAUACUGUGGCGUUACAAGGUGCGGAUGGUGGAGGGGCACGUGGUGGUACCACGUGACUCGAUUAUACUGCAGGCGAGGGAGGGGUUGAGGGUCCAGCUGUCGAGGAGGAGGGGUAUUUAA